GCAAGUACAUUGCCUCAACACAGCGACCUGACGGGACCUGGCGCAAGCAGCGGAGGGUGAAAGAAGGCUACGUGCCCCAGGAGGAGGUCCCAGUGUAUGAAAAUAAAUAUGUAAAGUUUUUCAAGAGUAAACCAGAGCUUCCACCAGGGUUGAGCCCUGAGGCUACCGCUCUAGUAACUCCAUCCAGACCUGAAGGUGGUGAACCAGGCCUCUCUAAGACAGCCAAACGCAACCUGAAGCGAAAGGAGAAGAGGCGGCAGCAGCAGGAGAGAGGAGAGGCAGAGGCUUUGAGCCGGACUCUUGAGAAGGUGUCCCUGGGAGAGACAGCUCAACUCCCCAGCGUGCUGCAAGGCUCCCAGGCAGCUCCUCCAGCUGCCCCUGACCUGCCUGACUCAGCUGCCACCACAGAGAAAGCCAAGAAGAUAAAGAACCUAAAGAAGAAGCUUCGGCAGGUGGAAGAGCUGCAGCAGCGGAUCCAGGCUGGCGAAGUCAGCCAGCCCAGCAAAGAGCAGCUGGAGAAGCUGGCAAGGAGGAGGGCGCUGGAGGAGGAGCUAGAGGACUUGGAGCUGGGCCUGUGAGGCCCUUAGGAAUAGGGAGUGGACUGCAGAAUAAACCAUGGGGUUGUCUGGGGUCAGGGGAGUGUGGGCGGCAAUAGUCAGGUGGGGUACCCCCCCAUAUUGGCUCAUUUCCACCUUUUGCGGCCCAACUCUGUCCUCUAGACCCUACCCUCUCCUUCAUUCCUUCCCUUGUCUCCCAAGCUCCUAUUUUUUGGACUUUCUCUCUCCCAUUCCUGGUGUUCAGAGUCUCAAUGUCUACCGCAGGUACCUUUGCUACUGAUUUGGGUGUCUUGUUUAAAAGAAAAUUUGGUGGGUGGGAAUCUCUCAGAGAACUGAGAGUGAGGGAGUAUAGGGAAUACACCCAAGUCUUGGAGUCUUGGUUCCUGUUCAUAGUGUUUAUGAGUUAUAUCCCCAUAUAUCUCUAACCCUUUUUUUUUUUUUUUUUUAAGAACAAGAAAAAACUCAAGUAGCACAAGU